GUCUCGCCCCCUCGCCCGGCCGCCCCGGGCCCGGGUCCGGCCAGGGAGCCCCCAGGCCGCGGCUCGGGGGCCGCCCCCCCGCCCGCCGCCCCGCGCAGCCCGGCGGAGGCGGCGCCGUCGGAGGAGGAGGAGCAGGGCACUGCGGCUGGCCCCGGAUCGGGCGCCAGAGCGGCAGCAGCUUCGGCAGCAGCGGCGGCCCGGGCCCAUGCAGCGGGACGCGCCACCCCGAGCCCCAGCUCCGGCGCCCCGGCUCCCCGCGCCCCCGAUCGGGGCCGCCGCCAGUAGUGGCGGCGGCGGAGGCGGGGGCAGCGGCGGCGGCGGAGGCGCCUCUGCAGCUCCGGCUCCCCCUGGCCUCUCGGGAACUACAAGUCCCAGGGGGCCUGGCGGCGGGCGGCGGGCGGAAGAGGCGGGGUCGGCUCCGCGAGGCCGGAAGUGGCCGUGGAGGCGGAAGUGGCGCGGCCGCGGAGGGGCCUGGAGUGCGGCGGCGGCGGGACCCGGAGCAGGAGCGGCAGCAGCAGCGACUGGAGGCGGCGGCGGUGCGUUAGAGGCGGCCAUGGCAAAGCAGUACGACUCGGUGGAGUGCCCCUUUUGUGAUGAAGUUUCCAAAUACGAGAAGCUCGCCAAGAUCGGCCAAGGCACCUUCGGGGAGGUGUUUAAGGCCAGGCACCGCAAGACCGGCCAGAAGGUGGCUCUGAAGAAGGUACUGAUGGAAAACGAGAAGGAGGGGUUCCCCAUUACAGCCUUGCGGGAGAUCAAGAUCCUUCAGCUUCUAAAACACGAGAAUGUGGUCAACUUGAUUGAGAUUUGUCGAACCAAAGCUUCCCCCUAUAACCGCUGCAAGGGUAGUAUAUACCUGGUGUUUGACUUCUGCGAGCAUGACCUUGCUGGGCUGUUGAGCAACGUUUUGGUCAAGUUCACGCUGUCUGAGAUCAAGAGGGUGAUGCAGAUGCUGCUUAACGGCCUCUACUACAUCCACAGGAACAAGAUUCUGCAUAGGGACAUGAAGGCUGCUAAUGUGCUUAUCACUCGUGAUGGGGUCCUGAAGCUGGCAGACUUUGGGCUGGCCCGGGCCUUCAGCCUGGCCAAGAACAGCCAGCCCAACCGCUACACCAACCGUGUGGUGACACUCUGGUACCGGCCCCCGGAGCUGUUGCUCGGGGAGCGGGACUACGGCCCCCCCAUUGACCUGUGGGGUGCUGGGUGCAUCAUGGCAGAGAUGUGGACCCGCAGCCCCAUCAUGCAGGGCAACACGGAGCAGCACCAACUCGCCCUCAUCAGUCAGCUCUGCGGCUCCAUCACCCCUGAGGUGUGGCCAAACGUGGACAACUAUGAGCUGUAUGAAAAGCUGGAGUUGGUCAAGGGCCAGAAGCGGAAGGUGAAGGACAGGCUGAAGGCCUAUGUGCGUGACCCAUACGCCCUGGACCUCAUCGACAAGCUGCUGGUGCUGGACCCUGCCCAGCGCAUCGACAGCGACGACGCCCUCAACCAUGACUUCUUCUGGUCCGACCCCAUGCCCUCCGACCUCAAGGGCAUGCUCUCCACCCACCUGACAUCCAUGUUCGAGUACCUGGCACCACCGCGCCGGAAGGGCAGCCAGAUCACCCAGCAGUCCACCAACCAGAGUCGCAAUCCCGCCACCACCAACCAGACGGAGUUUGAGCGCGUCUUCUGAGGGCCGGCGCUGCCACUAGGGCUCUUGUGUUUUCCCUUCUGCUAUGUGACUUGCAUCGUGGAGACGGGGCAUUUGAGUUUAUAUCUCUCAUGCAUAUUUUAUUUAAUCCCCACCCUGGGCUCUGGAAGCAGCCCGCUGAGUGGACUGGAGUGGAGCACUGGCUGAGAGGCCAGGAGGGCACUGGAGCUGUCCUGUCCUCGCUGGCUUUCUGGAUGGUUCCCAGAGGGUUUCCAUGGGGUAGGAGGACGGGCUCGCCCACCACUGACUUUUUCUAAGAGCUCCCAGCAUGGUGGAAGAGGGGACAGGUCCCUCACCCACCCACAAUCCUAUUCUCGGGCUGAGAACCCUGUGUGGGGACAGGGCUGGCCCCAGGAAUGGGCUGUUUUUGGCCUAACCCUCAGAAGCACUGGGGCUGGCACAAACUCUUGGUUUCUUCAGCAGGAGAAUUUUAUCGUGUUUCUUUUGGUUCCAUUGUUUGGAGACAUUCCUGGGCACAGUUUGGUCCGUUAGAAUUAAAAGUUGAGGUUUUUUUUUGUUU